AUGGCCAACUUAGGAUUUGUCUCUCUUCUGCUGGGCAGUCUGGCUCUUCCAGCCGUUGCUUUUAACGAUUUGGAGCAGAUGCCCGAGUCUUGGUGUGUGACCUACCUGUCGACUUACCUCGUUCCCAUAUCAGCCGCUACAAGCUCACCUGCAGAGAGUUCAUUGCCUGGUAUCGAAUCUUCUGCGAACCUGGAUAUCUCUGUCACUUUGAAUCCCUCUUCAUUCCUCUCACCAGAGGAAACUUCCUUUGCACCAGGUAUUACCUCCUCUGUAAUAACCACAGAGGUCGAAACAGCCCUUCCAUCUUCCACUACAGGUCCCAGUACCGAGAACGAGCGCCUCAUUUUCCGCAUUAUUCCUGAUACCCCAGAUAACAACCGACUGCGCAGGCGAGCAACGGGAGGGUUCAUCGGUUCUCCGUCUGAGAUUUGUGACAAUGCAGCUGUAUUCAACUUGGUUGAUGGAGAGCUCUUAGUCGGUAACGUCCCCAUCUACUUCAACGGAGAAGACUACAAGGUUUUCGGCGCCGAGCAAGGAGGAGUCCCUAGUGGCGCCAUUACCAGGACGUUCUUCCGUGAUGGAGACAUUCUGCGAUUCCAAAGCUCAAGAAUCAUCCCAAACGGCGAGGCUGGCUUCUGUCAGACUCCGUCAGAUGAUCAGGUUUACAUCACCUUUUCUUCGGAACCCGCCGGUUGUGUUCCGGUCAGACUCUCCGCCAUCGGAGUUCAGGAGUGUCAAGACGGGGACGUAACUACAAGCGAUGCUACUACUAGUGAAGUCCAACAGUUCACAUCUGCGCCAUCCCUGGAAUCAAUCAUCUCUGUUCCUUCCUCUUCUGACGAAGUUCCUCCGGGGGUCUCAACGCGCCCUACAAAAAGCCAGCCGCCGAUCGUAACAACACAGCCAAAUGGGGUUGUCACCACAAAGAACGCCAUUACAGAGCCUAUCCCAUCAAGCACUUUCAGAUGGUCAAACGCCUCAUCUUCUUUCCAGCCACCACCAGAGACCUCAGAGUCCUCUUUCAUUCCCUUUAGCACUUUACUUUUCACAUCUGAGUCAACCACCCUGGCAGAAAUAAUUUCCAGCACGUAUACUAUUGAACCAGAGUCUUCCACUGUCGAAGAGCUCACCUCAACCACUGAUGCUCUACCAACGUCUGAGAUUGAGACAACAACAGUGGAAGCCAGCACCACGGCUGAAGCUACAACAAGCGCUGUUGAAGAAACCACGACGAAACCCUCAACCGUUGAGACUACAACGGAUACCACUACUGAGGAGUCAACAACAAUCCCUACCACCGAGGAAUCAACAACAGAUAUUACCACUCAGGAGACGACAACAGGCACUACCACUGCAGAGACAACAGACACUACUACUGAGCAAUCAACAACAGAUACUACCACUCAGGAGACGACAACAGACACUACUACUGAGCAAUCAACAACAGAUAUCCCCACUACCACCACUUUCACCUCUGCUCUCGACUCAACGACAGAAACCACUACUGAGGCAGCCACAACAACCACUGCAGAAGCUUUCGCGCUAAUCGUAUGCCCUUCGAACCCUCAGCAGUGCAUCGCUACCUUCCAGAUUCAGUGCGAUCAGGUUAUUGGUGGUAUUCCUUUAGCCCCCGGCGCCAGGACUGUAGAUGAAUGUGCUCAAGACUGUUUCAACGAUCCGACCUGUAUUAUCUUCACUCAUUCUGGAACUCAAUGUUUCCGGACUUCAGACGCCUCAGACAACCAAGGCUCGUUUUCAAUUCCGGGCUGGACUAGUGGUAUUAAAGGAACUUGUUAA